AUGGAUCUCAUUAGCUGUGUACUUUUCAGCGUUUUUGUUGUGAACGCUGCUGUUUGGGGAUGCCCAGAACACUGCCAAUGCAUAAGCAACAAAGUCCUCUGCCAAAAUUUCAUUAUUCAAGACUUUCCAACCUCGAUUCCAACAACCACCAACACACUCUACUUUUUAAACACCAACAUAUCCACAUUAAAACCAGAAGAUUUUAAUGGCUUCUCUCAGUCUCUUCAAAACUUUGGGGUUAAGGAUUCAAUCAUUUCGGAGGUGAAACCACACACUUUUGAUGAAACACGUCUUCUCCGAGGCCUGCAGUUAACAGGGACAAAACUAACUCACCUUCCUGAGGACUUGUUCCUAUAUCUUCAGGCAUUAACCUCCCUGAUUCUGAGUAACAAUAGACUGCAGGAGCUCCCGUCCUCACUGUUUUCUCCUCAUGCAGCAUUAAAGAGCUUGGACCUGAGCAAAAAUCAUCUGACCACACUGCCAGAAAAAGUCUUUCAAGGUUUACAAAAUCUUGAAGCACUCAUCUUACGUGGUAAUAAUAUUCGAGAGCUCUCAGCCAAUCUCUUUGCUGACUUGGUAAACCUUAAAGAAUUGCACCUGCAGGACAAUGAUAUCUCUCACCUUCCGGCUGAACUGUUUGCAAGGCAGACAAAGUUGCAGACACUUUAUCUCUCCAACAAUCGUCUGUCAGUAUUGCCUGAAGGCAUCUUCUUGAACCUACCCAAUCUUAAUCAGAUCUCCCUUUAUAAGAAUCAGCUCCAAAAUCUGUCCUCUGGUGUGUUUGGCCCUAUGCCCCUGCGGGAUCUCUGGCUGUAUGACAACAGGCUAACAAAACUUGAAGAAAAUGUCUUCAGUAACCUAACUCAAGUCCGACUUUUGGUUCUUAGCCGGAACCAGAUCCAACACGUUUCACCUGGUGCUUUCAGUGGAAUGGCAGAGCUUGGAGAAGUGUCUCUGCACACCAACCGACUCAGUAGCCUGGAGGAAGGUAUAUUUAGAGACCUUCCAAAGUUAGUCAACAUCUCUUUGGAGAACAACCAGCUCCAUUCUCUCCCAGCAAAGCUUUUUGAUGGUGUGUCCUAUUUAAAUGAACUAGAUCUUCACAACAACUCCCUCCCAAACUUGUCGCAGGAGUUCCUCAGUUCCCUUACGAUGGUAGAUCAAGUGUUACUUUUCCAGAACCCCUGGAGGUGUGACCAGGACAUCAUACCAUUUUGGGAAUGGUUACUCCAAUACCCCAACAAAACGAAGAAUAUCAGCUCUGUGGUGUGUCAAAGUCCCUCUCACAUGAAUAACAAAGUCAUAAGUGAACUGAACAACGCAGACCUAAUGGCCCCGCCUGUUCCAACUGAUGUAACCUCGAACAACGAUUUGAUAACUCCAACAGACAAAAGGAAAAAACCUCACACUCCACCACAGAGGAGUACUCCUGUCCCUGCUGUAACCUCCACAACAUCCUCAGAGAAGAAGGACACAAGCAGUGACCAAGAAAAGGGUGAGGGGGUCAUGUCCACAAAUACACACAUGAUCAUUAUUGCUGUGGUCUGCACCGCUGCCAUUGUUAGUAUCAUUACAUGCUGUGUCUGCUGGCGGAGGAACAAACGAGGCAGCCGGGACUUAAAUCGCUUUACAACUCUCCAUGAGGAGACUCCAAAUUUCCCUUACGCUGACCCAAGAGAUACGGAGAUAAGUACUGUGAACUGCAUGUUCAUAUUUUUCUCAACGCCAAUACUUCUGAACAGCACACCAUUUGAAGACCAAGCCAACAGUCCUCUUAAAAAACUCAAGAAGCUGGAUCUGUCCCGAAACAAGUUCUCAAAUCUCAAUGGGGACUUUUUUGAGGGUCUUGACAAGAUCACAGAACUCAACCUCCAGAAUAACACAAUUGGGGUCUUAAAGCCAGAGGACUUUAAAAAACUACAAUCUCUGACAACUCUCAAACUGGCCGCUGAUAUGCCCAACAGCACCACCAACUACCACUUGCUUAAUCACAACUACGACACCACUGACAACUGUCCCAACUACACCGACAACCACCGCAAGGACAACAACCACAACACCACCAACAACUCCACAACUACACUGAACGCUGUUGUUUGGGGAUGCCCAGAACACUGCCAAUGCGUAAGCAACCAAGUCUUCUGCCAAGAUUUCUUUCUUCAAGACUUUCCAACCUCGGUUCCAACAACCACCAACACACUCUACUUUUUAAACACCAACAUUUCCACAUUAAAACCAGAAGAUUUUAAUGGCUUCUCUCAGUCUCUUCAAAACUUUGGGGUUAAGGAUUCAAUCAUUUCGGAGGUGAAACCACACACUUUUGAUGAAACACGUGAUCUCCGAAGCCUGCAGUUAACAGGGACAAAACUAAUUCACCUGCCUGAGGACUUGUUCCUAUAUCUUCAGGCAUUAACCUCCCUGAUUCUGAGUAACAAUAGACUGCAGGAGCUCCCGUCCUCACUGUUUUCUCCUCAUGCAGCAUUAAAGAGCUUGGACCUGAGCAAAAAUCAUCUGACCACACUGCCAGAAAAAGUCUUUCGAGGUUUACAUUAUCUUGAAGCUCUCAUCUUAGGUGGUAAUAAUAUUCGAGAGCUCUCAGCCAAUCUCUUUGCUGACUUGGUAAACCUUAAAGAAUUGCACCUGCAGGACAAUGAUAUUUCUCACCUUCCGGCUGAACUGUUUGCAAGGCAGACAAAGUUGCAGACACUUUCUCUCUCCAACAAUCGUCUGUCAGUAUUGCCUGAAGGCAUCUUCUUGAACCUACCCAAUCUUAAUCAGAUCUCCCUUUAUAAGAAUCAGCUCCAAAAUCUGUCCUCUGGUGUGUUUGGUCCUAUGCCCCUGCGGGACCUCUGGCUGUAUGACAACAGGCUAACAAAACUUGAAGAAAAUGUCUUCAGUAACCUAACUCAAGUCCGACUUUUGGUUCUUAGCCAGAACCAGAUCCAACACGUUUCACCUGGUGCUUUCAGUGGAAUGACAGAGCUUGGAGAAGUGUCUCUGCACACCAACCGACUCAGUAGCCUGAAGGAAGGUAUAUUUAGAGACCUUCCAAAGUUAGUCAACAUCUCUUUGGAGAACAACCAGCUCCAUUCUCUCCCAGCAAAGCUUUUUGAUGGUGUGUCCUAUUUAAAUGAAAUAGAUCUUCACAACAACUCCCUCCCAAACUUGUCACAGGAGUUCCUCAGUUCCCUUACGAUGGUACAUCAAGUGUUACUUUUCCAGAACCCCUGGAGGUGUGACCAGGACAUCAUACCAUUUCGGGAAUGGUUACUCCAAUACCCCAACAAAACGAAGAAUAUCAGCUCUGUGGUGUGUCAAAGUCCCUCUCACAUGAAUAACAAAGUCAUAAGUGAACUGAACAACGCAGACCUAAUGGCCCCGCCUGUUCCAAGUGAUGUAACCUCGAACAACGAUUUGAUAACUCUAACAGACAAAAGGAAAAAACCUCACACUCCACCACAGAGGAGUACUCCUGUCCCUGCUGCAACCUCCACAACAUCCUCAGGGAAGGAGGACACAAGCAGUGACGAAGAAGAUGGUGAGUGGGUCAUAUCUACAAAUACACACAUGAUCAUUAUUGCUGUGGUCUGCACCGCUGCCAUUGUUAGUACCAUUACAUGCUGUGUCUGUUGGUGGAGGAACAAACGAGGCAGCCGGGACUUAAAUCGUCAACCAAAAGCUAAUUCAGUUAUUUAG